AAUUGCUAGUGGAGGAUGAGGGGAUGGCUGCAGCCCUGGAGGGCGUCACUUGGUGAACUGCUGCCCUCUGCCCCCGCAGCUUACAACUCAUCGUCACCCUUCUCCCCACAGCCUGCCUUCAAAGGCCUCACCUUCACUGACCUGCCUCUGUGCUUACAACUCAACAUCAUGCAGAGGCUGAGCGAUGGGCGGGACCUGGUCAGCCUGGGCCAGGUGGCCCCCGACCUGCAUGUGCUCAGCGAGGACCGUCUCCUGUGGAAGAGGCUCUGUCAGUACCACUUCUCAGAGCGCCAGCCCAGGGAAGGGUAUCAUUAUGCUCACGUGAAACAGAUGAAGAGACUAAGCCCACAAUGGCUGUGUCAUAUCCAAAUUAGUAAAGUGCCUCUCCAGAUCCGCAAGCGAUUGAUUUUGUCAGACAAAGGCCAGCUGGAUUGGAAGAAAAUGUAUUUUAAACUUGUGCGAUGUUACCCACGGAGAGAACAGUAUGGAGACACCCUUCAGCUUUGCAAACAUUGUCACAUUCUUUCUUGGAAGGGCACUGACCACCCGUGCACAGCCAAUAACCCGCAGAGCUGCUCCGUUUCACUUUCACCCCAGGACUUUAUCAACUUAUUCAAGUUCUGAAUCCCAGCACAUGACACCACUUUGGAAGGGUUCCCCUGCUGAUUGGAUGGCUGGGAAUACAGAGUUUGGACACUUCAUUUGUAAAUAGUGUACAUUUUAAACAUUGGCUCGAAACUUCUAAGAUAAGUCAUUGAGAGGACAUUGGAGGGGAAAGAUACAGGUCCUAGCUGGGAAUUUAAGAAUAUGGACUUCUCAUUAGAAUUGGUAUGGAAAAACAGAAAUACUGUAAAUAAACUUUUUUCCUAAUGAUUUGUCAGCAAGACUAUAGAGGCAGGAAUUCUGUUGCAUCAGUGAAAAUUGAAUUCUUUUGAUGUUCAUUGAAACUCCUUUAUAGUUCCCCAGAGAUGUGGAAGAAAAUGGCAAAAUUCACAUACAAGAUAGAACACUCUUUGUUUACAAUGUGUAAAUUUGUUUUAAAGAAGAAAAAUACAUAUGAGAAAUCCCUGGG